GGUGAUCAAAUGGCACAAUCAGAGUUGGAUUUAUGGAACGCAGCUGUUGAGUGGCUGACAGACGUGUCAGAAGCUCAAACACUGCUGCUUCACAAGCUGUACGUACAAGCUUGAGCUCUACUUUCUGUUUAUAAUAAAGGACACAAACAACAAACAACGGACCCGGCCAGCAGAUGGUGAGGGAGCAGUAUGUCACCACCACCCAGGGCAGCAGUAACCCAGGGCUGGUGCUCGACGACUUCCACAAAAUUGGCAUCUACGGCUGGAGGAAGCGUUGCCUCUAUUUGUUUGUCCUUCUGCUUCUCAUCAUUUUGGUAGUAAACUUUGCCCUCACUAUCUGGAUCUUCAGGGUUAUGUGGUUCAAUACGGAAGGGAUGGGACAACUAGAAGUACACUCUGAUGGGGUCAAGCUGGAGAAUGGCGAGUCCGAGUUUCUUUUCCCCUUCUAUGCUAUGGAGAUCCACUCAAGAGAAGACUCUAUUCUUCUAGCAAACUCAUCGGAAAAAGUUUACCUCAAUGCUCGCAGUGAAGAUGGUGAUGUCAAAGGGAGGAUAUCUGUGGGUGCAAAGGAGGCUCAUGGACAUGCUGAAAACCUGCUCAUUAACUCCCAUAAUGACAACAUGCUGUUCACUGCAAAUGGCAACCAGACUGUAAUUGGACCAGACAAACUACGAGUCACAGGUCCUGAAGGUGCGCUGUUCCAGAAUUCGGUGGAGGUACCCCAGCUGAAAUCAGAACCUUUGAAAGACCUGAGGUUGGAGUCUCCUACUCGCUCUCUCAGUAUGGCUGCACCAAAAGGAGUUCAUAUCAAAGCACUGGCUGGCAACAUAGAAGUUGCUUCUAACAUGGAUGUGUUUCUGCAGUCAAGUGAAGGACUGCUGGUGCUGGAUGCUGAAACUGUGCGCUUGCCAAGUCUGCCCCUGAGCGAAGAAGGGGUUUCUGGAAAUGCACAGGGUCUCUACGAGGUCUGUGUCUGUCCAAGUGGUAAGCUCUUCCUUUCAAAAGCUGGGGUCACCUCCACCUGCAGCGAGUAUCAGCAGUGCUAGGACAUGACAAUCUCCCUUGCUCCAUCAUCUGAGAGGAAACAUGCACAACUGUAUACCGUCAUACAUGAGUAUUUUUAAUUAAUACAACAGACACUCUGUGAUGGUCUCAGUGUUUAACUCCAACUGAUCCCUUAAAAAAAGGCAGCUGGUAUACAUUUUUAGAGAUGUUUAGUCACAUCCAAUACCCAAUUUGCAAUCUCUUCCAAAUUCAUCUCAAAGCUUUGUGGAGAAUUAUUUUUCCACAAAUAGUAUCAUAUAUGGGCAAUGAUGAGCUAUUAAGAGCUUACAUAAUGCAGUUUUACCUUCCGGUGCUAUAUAUAAUCUGACACAUAUCAAGGGCUUGUAAGAAUAAUGUAUUAAAAGAUAACCCUUGAAUAUUCAAGAGUUCUUUUGGUAUAGUUUUCUUUAACAUAUUUGUUAUUAGAAUUAUUUGGGGUAAAAAUUGGAGAAAAUCUAACAAAUAUUCUUUGUAGUGUCAAAGUUUAUUCAGGGUUAAAAGAUUCAAUUUAUUUAGACAAAACACUACUUAUUUGUUGUUUUGUUAAUUUGUUUUUUGGGACAAAGAUACUAUUUCCUCAUGUUACUAUUGUGAUAUCACGUGUGUGACUGUUUUUUCAGUUUGUAAGAUUAUUAAGUUUGCACUGCAUAAGCAUGUAAUGAUGUAUAAAUAACAAGACAGACGCUUUUUCUUGCAAGUAAUCUUGAAAGGCCUGUGUUUGCUUAGUAUCUUUAUUGAUGGCCAAGAGUCUAUGUGCAUUUAACACAAUAUGCAUGACAAGUAACUUAUAUUAGCCUCUUUUUAAAAUCGAUGUUCACAGUUGACCUGUAUUACAAAGGACUAUAUAUUGGUAAUAGCGACUUUGUGUUAAGCACAAUUUUCUGGCCUUUCUGUAUGUAAGUUAGGCAUAAUAACCAUCUCAUGAUGCUGUGCUGUCAUUUUCAAUAUGCCAAACAGUAGUACAUAACUACAUAUUAAUCAAUACAUUUGUUGAAUAAACUAUGCAUUGUU